AUGGAGGGCAGCAGCGUUUCAUCGCCUGGGGAAGAGUUCAUCGGGUGGUUUGACCCCCGCCAGAAUGGCGGUCGUCUGCUUGACUUCGCGACGCGCAAGUACGGCGAACCUUUGAACGUGAUCAUCUCCGGCCUUUCGGAUCCAUACAUAUUGACGGAGGACGGUCUCCAUGAUUAUGCCAAAUCCAUUGGUUUCGCGGAGGAAUGUCUGGGCUUACAUUAUGGGACGAUACAUCAAGCCGAUCUUGGCGACGGUGCAGGCCGGAAGGACGAGCAGUAUUUGGCCCGUCAGAACUACUUCCCGCAAUGGGGCACUUGCUGGGAAAGUGCCAUUGGCGGAAACCAUUUUCGCGCAUGGAAGCAGAAUGGCACUGAAGCCAACAGUGGGGCCUGGUUCUUGGGAGUUUCGAAAGAAUUGGACUCAGGAAAGCGCCAUACAAUCGCUCCUGAUGGGUACAACGUUGGUAGAGACCUCCUUGUCGAGGCUGCAAUCUCUGGCAGCCGAUGGCGUGGCAUGUGGUGGAAAGCCGACCUUCAAUGGGAACGCCUGCUGGAAGCAGGGAGUGAAGGUGUUAAUCAUGGCAUCGAACAAGACGGCCUCGUGGCGGUCCUCACCGUUGUCCGCUUAUAG